GGAAAACAAUGCCAAACCAGAAAUCGUGAGAAGUUUGCUUUUGCAGCAACUCAGUCUGUACCGUGAGAUGAGGUGAUCGAGUGGAUUUUCAUUACAAUAUUUUUAAGACAACAUGGAUCGUUCAGAUGAUGUCAAGGCUCGUCUUCAGCCGGCUAUACCAGAGGCCCCAAAACCUAAAGCACAAAAUGCCAUUUCCGUCCAAAAGAGUUUGAAGGGAAUAAUUGCAGGUGGUGUCACAGGGGCCAUAGAAAUAUUGAUCACAUUUCCCACCGAGUAUGUGAAAACACAACUACAGCUUGAUGAGCGGUUAGGGAAGGCGCGCAAAUACUCGGGUCCCAUAAACUGUGUCAAAGUGACUGUCAAUGAGUUUGGUGUGAGAGGCCUGUAUAGGGGUCUAUCCGUCCUGCUGUAUGGCUCCAUUCCUAAAUCUGCCGUUAGAUUUGGAACAUUUGAAGAAUUAAAACGACAUUCCGUUGAUGAAAAUGGCAAUUUAACACCUGGCAGAAGAGUAUUAUGUGGACUUGGUGCUGGUAUAGCGGAAGCCAUUUUAGCAGUUACACCUAUGGAGACGGUAAAAGUGAAAUUUAUAAAUGACCAGACAUCAGCAAAACCACAUUUUAAAGGCUUUUUCCAUGGUGUGAGAGAAAUAAUUAGAGCAGAAGGUUUUCGUGGAGUGUACCAGGGUGUGGUUCCCACUAUCAUGAAGCAGGGCAGCAACCAGGCAAUACGCUUUUAUGUCAUGGAGACCCUGAAACACUGGUACCGCGGCGAGGAUCACAAUAAGAAGGUUCCAACACUGGUUGUGGGGGCGUUUGGAGUUAUUGCAGGGGCUUGUUCAGUGUACGGGAACACACCUAUUGAUGUCGUGAAGACAAGGUUACAGGGUCUGGAUGCUCACAAAUACAAAGGAACCAUAGAUUGUGCAAUAAAGAUAUUUAAAAAUGAGGGCCCAAGAGCGUUUUACAAGGGGACUGUUCCACGACUCAGUCGAGUGUGUCUAGAUGUUUGCAUCACGUUUAUGAUCUACGACAACUUCAUGGAGGUGUUCAACAAGUUCUGGAAGCACUAGAACCAUCAACUUAAUCACUAUGUUGAGAAAUGGAAGCUUCCAUUCAUCAACUGGCCAUGAGCAUUAUUUGGUGAUAGGUUAUACUCAUCCAAUAUGCUGUUUCAAGGGACAGUACUAAGUGUGUCUAACAGCUUCGGGGCUGGUCAUAUUGUGGCUGCAUGACUUGAAAGAUGAUGCUUAUUGCAUAACAAGGGGAAUGCAUUAAUUACUGGUGUUGUAUUGUAUGGUCUAAAUUAUUUCCAAUAUAUAAGUAGAUAGUUGUAUAUAUUUUAUUUGACAUACAUUUCAUGUUGAUUUUGAUAAUAUACAAAUUCUACAGUUUUCUCUUCACCAUUUACAAAUAUAUUUAUGAAACUUUGUUAACCUUUUGUACGUUAUAAAACAGAGUUUUUCCUCUGUUGACCAUUAUCGUUAAUGAAUAUUUUUAUUUUUAUUCAUAAUCAAUAUUAAGUAUUACCAAGUAUAAAGUUUUUACAAAGAUUGUAAUUUAAUUUGUAUAUCACAUUCCUAUUUGUUAUGGGUCGCUUCCGUUGUUUAUUUUUGCAACAAAUAUUACUGUUUUUAUACAUGUAUUGUUUUUGCAAUAAUUUCUAUCUUGUACUACACUAUUGCAAUUAUAUCUUUCUUAUCAUUGAAAUCCUAGACAAACUAGAUUUGAUAUUGAUGUCAUUAGACAUACCUAUUUUAAAACAAGUGCUGUUGAUCCAAGUAUUUACUUUCAACUAGCCUUUCCAACAGUCAUGUUGUUAAAAAAUGAGCAAUAUUGAUGCCAUGUUGUACUGAUGUGUUGCUAAGUCAUGACAGUACAUUUAUAUGUCUAUAUGAUCUUAUAUUUUCUUGUUUGAAACAACUAUACAUCCAAAUCUGGAACACAUGAAGAUGGGUAUUUUUCAUAUGGUUAUUACUAUAUAGUAAUUGAUAUCAACACCACUCAAAUCUGAUCAAUUAAUACCAAAUUUUGGUUAAAUUAUUUCAAAAGAGGUUGUGUUUUACUUUGCUCAAUCAUUUUGUUACAAACUAAAAAAGUGAACUUAAUUGUCUACAUUGCAUUAUGGUAAUAUUUGUAUUGGAAUUUUUCAAGCAGGUCAUCGAAAAGUUGACAUACAUUAAGCCAGUAAGGUCUGACCUCCAUAUUGUUUUCAUGUCACACAUGUUUUUUAACUGCAGUUGGGAAACAUAGGAAGGUAAAUUUAUGUUCAACAUAAUUAUUUGUUUCUUCCACCAAUAGAAUCCUAGAAAAAUGAAUAUGUAUUUUGAAUUGUGAAUUAUAUUAAAUUAUAAAUAUAUUAUUGCUCAGUCAAUGCUUUGUAUUAUACGUUAUGACGUGAUUUAUACAUGACAUGCUUUUUCGUUAUUUUCAUAGAUCAAUAUACAUGUACUAUAGUGCUGGCAACAUAUAAUUAGUAGAGAAGUAAAAAGAUUUACACCCUUUUUUUCAACCAUUUGAUUUGAAUGUAUAAGGCAAGUCAUAGAUGUGAUUUGGUGGAUUGAAUAAUGAAUGUACAUGUACAUACAUUUUAAAACAACCAGCUUUACAUGUAUUGUCAAAUGAUUGAUAUUAUAUUAGGAGUGCAAUUGCACAAUCAUUAAACAAUUUUGUGAAACUUUCAUUAUUGUGUAUUUUGGUCUUUUGAAUAGUCCAAAUAUUAUUAAUCAUGAUUAACUUUAAUUAUAUGCAAGUGUUCAAUAAUGUAUUGUUUUGAUGGUCAUCAAUAUACAAAGGAAGUGUACAUUGUUUUUGUAGAAAUAUGACUUUGAGGACCAAUUGCUUUUGUUAGAUGUAUGUUAGAAAACAUGGGAUUUAUUUAAAUAAAACAAUAAAAGGCAA